AUGAUUGACUGUGUCAAGCUGUACCUUGAGGAUCCCAAGACGGAGGGCAUUAUUCUGAUUGGUGAGAUCGGUGGAACUGCAGAGGAAGAGGCCGCGGAGUUCAUCAAGAACCAUCCCAUCAAGAAGCCCGUGGUGUCCUUCAUCGGCGGUGCGACGGCUCCGCCAGGCCGCCGCAUGGGUCACGCAGGUGCCGUGGUGUCUGGUGGACAAGGUACGGCAAAGGGGAAGAUGGAUGCUUUGAGGGCCGCGGGCGUCUUUGUUUCCGAGUCCCCUGCCCAGCUUGGUGAGUUGAUGGUCGAGGCUCUCAAGCAGAAGCGCGGAACGGCGUAA